AUGACAUUUCCCAUCAAAGAAAAGGGGCACCGCCAUAGAGUGGUCUUCAAAAGACGUAGAAUGCCAGGCACAAACCCUCCUUCGUCCUCUGCCUCUGCGUCAAGCACUCUCGAUCGAGCACUGUCCAGUGACCCGCAAGAUCUACAUCAACAGCCUGGUUUUGUGAUCGAAGAGCUGCCAAGUGGUGACGAGGGUCUUGAUUUCCUAUCCGGAGGCUUGGGUCACCCCGUCGCAAUGGCGACAAGUGCAGCUAUGAUACCUGACCUUUUCACUACCCCUCCUUGCAUCCGCGACCCCCUCAACACGGGAACAUCGCAAUUGCAAGAUGAGACAAUCCAAGAAUGUCUCCCAUACCUUUCUGGAGCUGAAUAUGGCCUAGAGUACAAUGCACAAGGCGUCCCACACCUGGACCGGAAAAGGCAUAUUCCAUUUCUUCAUAAAAGCCUUCGGAACUUGCCUGCUCCUUAUGUUGUUGCGGACGCCAGCCGCCCAUGGAUGUUUUAUUGGGCCCUAACCGGUCUAUACGCAAUGGGGGAGGAUAUCACACAGUAUCGAGACAGACUGAUCUCCACUGUUCGCCCGAUACAGAAUGCUACGGGGGGAUUUGGGGGAGGCAAUGGCCAAAUGUCUCAUCUGGCCCCCACCUAUGCCAUAACUCUAUCUCUUGCGAUGGUGGGGGGAGAGGAAGCUCUUGAUCUCAUCGACCGGAAGGCAAUGUGGAAGUGGCUUGGCGCCUUAAAGCAAUCAAAUGGAGCGUUCCAAAUGUCUAUAGGUGGCGAGGAGGAUGUUCGAGGGGCUUAUUGUGCUGUUGUUCUUAUAAGCAUUCUCGGGUUGCCGUUGGAGCUUUCUCCAGAGUCUCCUAGUUGGUCUCCUGAACAUACAACGCUCCUCUCAGGUUUGCCGGAGUGGGUUGCCAAAUGUCAGACAUUUGAGGGAGGAAUCUCUGGAAAACCAGAUGCUGAAUCACAUGGUGCCUAUGCAUUUUGUGCUCUGGCAUGUCUGUGUAUUCUCGGUGACCCUCGCGCUAUAAUUCCCAAAUACCUCGACGUACCUCGCUUAAUAUCUUGGCUCUCUGCCCGCCAGUACGCGCCUGAAGGUGGAUUUGCAGGCCGGACCAAUAAAUUGGUCGACGGUUGCUAUAGCCACUGGGUUGGUGGUUGUUGGCCGCUACUUGAAGCUUGCUUAGAGGGCCCAUCACCGUCACAUAGCUCAUCGGAGUCCUACUCUAUUAAGAAACCGGCACUUGAGGCUUUGGGUCGCAGUCUCUAUAGCCGAGAGGGGUUGAUCAGAUACAUAUUAUGUUGCUGCCAAGAUGAGACGAAACGUGGGGGACUGAGGGAUAAACCAAGCCAUAAUUCGGACUCGUACCAUACCUGUUAUGUCCUUGCGGGUCUCAGCUCUGCACAGCAUAAAUGGCAUUUCAACGCGACUGGAAAUCCAAUGGAAGCUGGGCUAACCCGAAGCUCGGCGUAUCAGUGGACGUCUGAGAAAGUCGUUGAGGAUUCGCAGAUAUAUGACGAGGAAGAUCGGGUGAGGACAUUGCACCCGGUUUUUGUGAUACCCGAGGGGGCCGCAGAGGAAGCGAGGGCGCAUUUCUCGUCCAAGGAGGCUUUUUAG